AUGGAGACCGGCGAGACCGGCCCACCCCCACCAUCGGCGUCCGCGGCGACGAGCGUCCCGAUUGGGACAAAGGAGACGCAAGUCCCUAUCGCCGCCGCGACCUACGCCACCGCCGCGAUUCAAAAGACCAAGCAGACUCCCGAGCAGCAGACCCAACAACAACACCGUGCCAAGGCUUUGACCCAAAUGUUCGAAGUCAUGGGUGCUGUACCGGGCAAUCGCACCGACCGGUGGUUGCAAGCCACCUUCGCCACCGACGAGUACCCUGUCGCUACCGCUACAUCGCUCAAGUAUUCGGCUCUCAACGCCAAUCGAUCCAUUCGAAACAUCUUCGACUUUGCUCUCGACGUCACUUUGACCGUCCAAGGCGCCUCGAAGGCCUCUCCCGCGGACAAGGCCGAUCUGCUCGGUUGCGUCACGAGACUGCUCUCCCCGCAAUCGCCCCUGUGCUUCGACGCCGAGGUCACCCUUCCCGAGCACCUUGCGGCGUUUGCGCCCCAGAUUAGGGGUAUCCAACACUCGUCUUUCGUCAGGGCCGGUGUGGUCAACCACCGUAUCUCCGUGGGAUUCGUUUCGGCGAAGGCACGUGACUCGGCGCUUACGGCCCCACUGGCGCUUACUUGGCACUCUGCAAAGGCUCACUUCGCAAAGGCCCACCACUUCUACCACAACAUGGUCGAGCUGCGUAUCAACGUCGGUGUCGCAGCGGUCCCAUCCAGGGAUGCCAUUGUUGACUCUUUUAAAUCAAUUGUCACCAAAAUCACAGCCAAGGGACACCGUUGCGAGCUGGUACAAGUCUUGCGCGUGAUCCACGUCGAUAACGACUCGGCCUAUGCGCACUUGGCCGGCGAGUUUUCGGCCUUUAUCCGCUUCGACGACGACGCCCUUUUCAAAGCCCCUAACAACACGCUGAAGGAGCUCCUACCGUCGAAGGUCUCUCUAGCCACUAGAGGCAACAUGCAUACGGCGGUUCGUCACGACUACGAACGAGAAGCGGCCUGUGCUCGGUGCCACUUUGUGGGGCAUGUGGAGACCUGCGCGCUGGAACAGGAGAGGAGGCAGAAGGAAGCGAACAACAACACCGGAAGGCACAACAAGUACCACAACAACCCAACCAACACCAACAACAACAACAACGACACCACCAACACCAACAACACCGACAACGACGCUUCCGAGGUUGUGGCCCCUAGCCGCGCCCUCGGAACCGACCAACUCGAAUCGCGGAACCGAUUUGCGGGGCUCGAGGUCGAAGGAGGACAGGAGGAUGACGUCGAGGAGGAGGAUGCAGGAAAGGAGGGCGAGGAAAAGGAGCAGGUCGAAGAAGGAGACGAGGAUACGGGCGCCAAGGCGGACGACGAGGAUUCGGACUCGGAUGGGAACGCCGGAGCGGGCAUCGACAAGGCGGGAGGCGACGACAAGGACAACGACAAGGACGAACAGAACGACAGCUCGGAGGGAAGCGAACAAAGGGAGGACGAAGGAAACGAUGGGGAUGACGUGAUGAAAGAUGGAGCAGAGGAGGAGGACGAAGGGACGGAGACGGAGGUGGAAGAAGAGGUCGAGCAGGAACAGGGGGUACAGGACGACAGCAUCAUGAUCAUCGACGACGACCAAACGACGAUCACCACGGUUUCCCGCGAGUCGACUCCUCGGAGUCCCUCGUGGCCUCCACUAUCUCCUGAGACGUUGGCAAAGUCGCUGCGCGAGGGUGCGGAGUGGGACCGAGCUAACGCCGAAGCUGCUGCACGUGUCCAAGCAGAAAAGGAGGCGAUCAUCAACGCCCAACUCGACGCGGAGGAACCGCUCGUUCGCCACCAAUUUGCAGAGUGGGGUCAGGAAGAUGGACAACUGCGGUUCAUCAACAUUCGUGGCACCGGCUCCGGGUCGAACAAGAAGAUGAAGAGGUCGCAAACGGUGGCCGAUCUCAGCGAUCCGAGCGACGACCCGGUCGAUAUCAAGCGCGUUCUGAACAGGGUCAAAGGUCGAGCAGGAAAGGAGGUAGCGGGUCAGGGGAAGAGGGUGACGAGGUCGAUGUCGGCGGCGGCGGCGAUGCAGGUCGAGGGGGCCAAGGCGAAAGCGGAGAAGGGUAAAGGGGUGGAGGAGGAGAAGCGCUGGUCCGACCACGAGCCCGAGGAUGACAUUCUCCCCGAAUUCCCACUCUUUGAGGACGACACUACCGCCAAGAGCACGUCUACAUCGUCUACCCAAUAAUGAUCAAGCACACCAUCACCAGCUGGAACGUGAGGAGGUGCAUGGGGAUCCCGGAAAAGCGACGCAACAUUUACACCUAUUUAUCAACAUUCAAAGCAUCCGCCAUUCUACUACAAGAACACUUCAUCAAACCGGAACUCUGGCAAUGUAUCAAGGACGAGUACGAGGGCAAGGUCUUCAUCAGCAAACACUGUCUGACUCUGAUCCCCGCCGACUCGCCCCUGAUCGACGCCGAGAUUUUGCGCACCCACUCGGCACUCGACGGACGAAUCCUGGUCACCUCCUUUCGACUUCGAGGCGACAUCCGGAUACUCGAGAUCAACAACAUUUACGCACCAGUCGAUACAAAACAACGACUCACAUUCUUUGACAAACUACAUUUCCACAGGACGCAGAGCACCCACCUUCGACUCCUCGGCGGCGAUCUCAACGACUGCCCGCUGCCGGCGAUCGAUCGGCGGAACCAAGGUCGGCACGGCCAUCACUGGCCGAUCCUGAUCGGCAAGCUCGACUCGCCCUACACCGACUGCAUACGAUUCAAACACCCGCUCACACCAUCUUUCACUCGACCCAACAUCGUCCGCAAGCGACCAAAGUCCUUUUCACGACUUGACUACUUCCUUCUGCAGCGCACCCACCAAAAGCGACUCGUCCAAGCCUCGACGAUCUACGACCACCCCAAGGACCUUUCGGAUCACCGACCGGUCUCGAUCGUCCUAGUUCUCUCGGACGAGCGAGGAGACGCGGCUCAACCCAACAACAGUUUACCAACGACAUCAAACCAAUUACAUCGUAUCAACGCGGCGACCUUCAAGACGGCGGAGUUCCAGGGGAUGUUGGAAGGAUGGUUGGAAGGAGCGAGUGGGGAGGAACCGGUGGGGGAGCUCGAGGUGGUGCUGGGGAACUGCGCGAAGGAGGGUCGGGAGCUGGCGAGGAGGGAGCAUCGGGAGCGGGUGGAGCGGAUGGCGGUCUUGGUGGGAAGGGUGCAGGAUCUGGAGGCGUUGCCGGUGAUGGGGGACGAGGAGACGGCCGAAUGGACGCGGACGACGGAGGAACUUAGGCGAGCGGUCAACGAGCGCGCGCGCCAACUUCGGAUCCGAGCCCACGUACCCGAAAUCGCUACCGAGGAACGACUGUCGCGGCCGGUCCACGCCAAGCUCGCGGCACGGAGUUCGGAUUCCAAGAUCACAGCACUGCGAUUGCCCAACGGAGAGCUGACACAUGACAUUGACGUCGCGCUUGACCACACACAGGCGCACUUUCAGCGCCUCUACGAUCUCGAGCCGCGCGAUCGGGACCACGUCGAGCGACUUAGGGACGAUUUCUUGGCGCCGAUCAGGUCGGCGCGCACUUGCGACGACCCGAGCUCGGACCCGCUCUUUCUGCGACGACUCUCGGAAGCGCACAUCGAGCUGCUGCAGCAACCCAUCACCGAGGACGAGGUCGUAGCCGCAAUCGCAACAACACACCCCGGUCGAUCGCCGGGUCCAUCUGGCGUGCCCUACGAGCUCUAUCACACAGCGCCGCGGGCGUGGGCCAAGGCGCUGAGCAGGGCCUUCAACGCGAUGACCGAGCGCGGCUCGCUUUCACCGAAGCAGGGGCAAGGACUCGCUCGCCUGCUCUUCAAGCACCACAAGAUCGGGGCCGAUCGCGCCGAGCUCUCGUCGUACCGGCCCAUCACCUUGCGCGAGUGCGACUACAAGCUCUUCACCAAGGUCUACGUUGCGCGACUCAACCACGUGCUGCCGGACCUGCUCCCACCGCAACAGCACGGCUUCGUCAAGGGCCGCCGAUCGGCGGACGCGUCAUUCCACCUGCGACUCUUGAUCGAGGAGCUGGGCGCGCGCGGCACCGAGUUCCCUGACGCGGCGCUCUUGUCUCUUGACCAAUCGUCGGCUUACGACCUCGUCGAGCACGAAUGGAUCUUCGCCAUCUUCGACGCUCUCGGCGCUCCUGCCGCCUUCCAACGCGUUCUGAGGAUGCUCUACUCGGGUGACUCAACCACGGCGCGAUAUAUCAUCAACGGCUUCUUGACUCCGCCGGUGCGGCUGACGUGUGGGCUCGGCCAAGGGGACCCGGCGUCGUCGUCGGUCUGGGAUGUCGUGUUCCAGCCGUUCCUGGAUGCUCUGCACCGUCGAGGCAUCGCGCUGAACCUCUCGCUUCCUACCAUUCACCCCUACCCACAGAGCCGCGCCAUUACAUCCCUUGCGUUUGCCGAUGACGUCGUCGUCGCCGUCGCGGGCUCGGAGUCACUCAACUUGCUCGACGACCUGGCGCUCGACUGGAGGCUCGCAACCAAUGGCCGGCUCAACACCGACAAGACCGUCGUACUACCCAUCGGGUGUCGCUGGGAGGCUGGCGAUCGUCCGCUCGUCGUCAAGGCCGAGGGCGAGUCGCUCGAGUGGAUCGGCCUAUCUUUCGACCCCACCGGCAACACCGAACUCGCCAACGUGAAUCUCGUCGCACGGCUCGAAGCGGUGCUCGAUUCGGCACGGGACCGAGGGCUCACACACCACACCCGAGCGUUCUACGUCAACCGAUACGCCAUUCCCAAGAUUCUGCACAUCCUCUCCGCCGACAUCCCACCGCUCGAGGUCGUCAAGGAGCUUGAUCGCAUUCUCGCCGACUUUGUCCGCGGCGGCAAGAGGAGGUCGUGCUAUGGCAAGGACGUCGUCUUCACACCGAGGUUCAAGGGGGGUCUUGGGGUCAUGCGGAUGCAGGACGUCGUCGACUCGGUUGCGGCACGCGUCUGGGACGUGCUUCUUGGCGGUUCGGAUGCGAUCUGGCAGGGACUGGCGCGCGCGGCGAUUGUACGAGCCCAUCCCGCCCCCGACUUUGACUUGGCAACCGAUGCGUGGCCUUGCGACUACACUCCGAUCCGAACCGAUCUACACCCAAGAUGGCAGGCCGUGCUGAAGGUACCAUCGACGCACAAUGCGCAAGUCAAGCCGAGGACGUUGACGCUCGCGAACCUUCUCGCUCUUCCGAUCAAGUUGCACACCCUUCACUACCUACCGGGAGCACCAGCUGUGUCGCGACCACCCUACGACGCCGACUAUGCUGCGUUUGCCAUUUACGCCAAGGUAGCGGACCUGUUUCGACGCGAGCUGUACCCGGGCGGGGGCUUUCAUCUCUGGACGCCGCCGACGGAUGUGGUCGUCAGCAACAGCGAAUACGAUCAACGGGGCCGCCCACAACGAGAGCACAUCGUGGCAUGGUACCGACAUGCGAUCAAUCGAUUGAGGUUCACACCAAUAGCUCAACCGGUGGCGGCAGUACGAAUCAACGGGCCUCCCCGAGUCCGCCCCACCACGCCGCUCGAGUCGAUCCUGCCCCAUCCGAUCGACCCGCCGCAGCGCCUUCCGAGACCGGCUCUCCCAGACCAAUCAACACAAUACAACUUGCUCAGCAUGGAUCGGCCAUACACCAUCCGUCGCGUCCGCCGAGUCUUGAAUGCAAAGGCCUUCACCGACACGAUCGGUUUCAGGGACUCGCUGCAGCCCGACGAUCUCAAGGGAUUCUGGAAGGGGGUCAACUCGAAGGCAUUGACGGCGAGGGAACGCGAGGUGUGGUUCAAGCUCGUCAGGAACUUCACCCCGACUCGGAGUCUGCAGUUUCAUCAAAAGCACGACGACUCGCCCGCGUGCCUCGUCUGUGGAGCGCCCAAGGACGAUCGGGAGCACUACUUCUUCGACUGCGUUGACUCUAGGAACGUUUGGAUCGCGGCAAGGGGCGUGCUCUGCGACGCACUGGGGCUCGACACGAUCGACAACACGCAUUACACGGCCGUUCAACGCAUGUUCGGACUUCCGAAGCUCAAGGCCAGUCUGCGCGAUCAGGAAGGAGCGGGGAGGACGAUCGAAAUAUUCACCGGGCUGGUCUUGGAGAUGAUCAGCAGCGGGAGGUGGGGGAUGCAGAAGUGGGGGACGAGGCUGGAGGGUGUUGGGAGGAGGAGGAUCAUCUUGGAGGAGAGGUUGAAGCUGAGGGCGGGAGGAGCUUGGGGGAGGAGAGGGCAGUAG